GCUUAGCUAGCUCGAUCGCCCGCGGCUUAAACCAUUUCAAAUACUUCUCUUCCACCCGCUUUCUUCUUCUUCCAUGCCGUCUCCUCCUCAUCCUCCCUCCCCAUACGCAUUGACCUAAUCAAUCCCGGCAUUUCCAUUCUACGCCGAAGUGGUUGUGUUCUCCAAUUCAUGUAUGCUACGUGAGCAGUGGCUUCAAGCAACUGCAUGCAUGCACAAACGCUAAAUACACGUCAAGAUCGCGCGUUCUCUUGGCAACCAUGCUGCGCGUGCACCUUCGACCCAUGGGCGCGAUGCUGCAGCGCGUCCCCGUAUCUGCCCUCCUCGUCGACAAGGCAAUGGCAAUGGCAAUGCCAACGGUGGCAAUGGGAGGCGGGUACCAGGCGCGGCGGAGCCUGCACGGCGGCGGAGACUCGCCGAACAAGUGGAGGAAGCCGGAGGCGGGGCGCCUGAAGCUCAACUUCGACGGGUCCUCCAGGCACGCGUCCCAGAGCGCGAGUAUCGGCGGCGUGUACCGGGACCACAAGGGCGAGUUCGUGCUGGGCUACGCGGAGCGGAUCGGCGCGGCCACGAGCUCCGUGGCCGAGCUCGCCGCGCUCCGGCGCGGGCUGGAGCUGGCGCUGGAGAACGGGUGGAGCGGCGUCUGGGUCGAGGGCGACGACUUGUCGGCCGUGGAAGCCGCGCGGGGGAGCCACAGGCGUCCGCGCCUGGGCAGGGCGGAGGAGGACCUCAGGCUGUGGAAGGAGAUCGCCGAGCUGCUCCCGCUGCUCGGCGACGGCAUGGCCGUGUCGCACGUGCGCCGGGGAGGGAACAGGGUGGCGCACGGGUUCGCGAAGCUCGGCCACAGCGUGCCGCGGCCGCGGGUGUGGCGCGGCGUGCCGCCCGCCGAGGUGCUCAAGUACAUUCAGCGGGACGCCGGCAGGAAAUAGUGCGCGCAUGGAAAUGUUUGUGAAUACAUUACUUUGGUCGUGAUCUCUCUGUUGGUGAGAGAGAUCGCGCAUGCUCGCAGAUCAAUGCUAACUUACCUACUGAUGUGAUGGUUAAAGUAUGUAAUCGUGUCAUACAAAAUCCCCGGAUAGUUUUCCUUGUAUAGGUGCCUUGGAGAUCAAGUUGUAAUCCUACACACUACUAACCUUUGAUUAUCUCACCUAGGCUAGGCGUCCACUAUUCUAGUGGACUGAGAAUUGUAAAUUUAUUCACGCAAAUCUAAAAA